AUGGUAAGGUCCGGGGAGCGUUGCUGUAAAAAGAGACUUGGAGUGCAAGUUCAUAGUUCCUUGAAAGUCGAGUCCCGAGACAGAAAUUUGUAUGACCUUGUCUUUAUGCAGAAAGAUGAUGACAUAGAAGAAGGGGACCUACCAGAACACAAAAGAACUUCUCCGCCGAUAGACUUUUCCAAAAUUGAUCCCAGCAAUCCUGAAAACCUGCUGAAGGCAACCAAGAAAGGCAAGACCUUAAUGAUAUUUGUAACAGUGUCUGGGAAUCCCACUGAAAAGGACACUGAAGAGAUAACCAGUCUUUGGCAAGGCAGUCUGUACAAUGCAAACUAUGAUGUACAGAGGUUUGUUGUUGGUUCUGAUCGUGCCAUAUUCAUGCUGCGUGAUGGAAGCUAUGCUUGGGAGAUUAAAGACUUCCUUAUAAAUCAGGAGCGCUGUGUAGACGUUACUGUUGAAGGACAGACAUACCCCGGAAAGGCAGCAGAGAAAAAGAAGAAUGAAAUCAAGCCUGAUAAGAAAAAAGAUGCAACAGUUUCACAGAAAGGCAACCGAGCAAAUAAAAAUGAACUAUGACAUAGUUGAGUUAGAUGGUGUUCAAAAUGAAUAGAUGAAAUUCAUUUUUUUUGCAUUAGUUUCUUUUGAUGUUGAGAACUAUUAUUGAAUUGAUGGUGCUGGUUUUUACAGCUCACCAAAUCUUUUGGUGGUGAAACUGCAAUGUGAAAUCCACCUAACAAUUAUUCCAAAUAUACAGGUACUGCAUUGUUUCUGUGAGUUGCAGCCUUUUUUUAAAAAGCAAAAAUGGAAUUGCCUCUGUACAGUUGUAAACGUUAUAAAUCACAUUUGCUGCCAGUAUCUUUCACCUCUGCAUUAUAAAAUAUUUCUCUUCAUUUUGUAAUAAUUUAAACUUGACUACCAAUACAGAUUUUCUUCUGUGAUUUAAGUACUAUUUUGACACAUACCAUUAUUUUCUAUUGAUGCCUUUUGUGAGCAGUGAUGUGGUUUUUAAUUUCAAAAUGAAAUUCUUGAAAAUGCAGCAAGCAUGUAGUCCAUAUAGCUGUGUUACGUAUUUAAUUAAUUUCAGGAUAUUUCUGACAAUACUUGGGCAAGUUCUGUACUCUGUAUUUAAAUGUCUUCACUAUAUCGUCAGCCUUUGUGUUGACUCAGCUGAUUCUGCCCUGCAGCCAUGGUAUAUUUCGGUCUAUUUUCUACUGAGAGCAAAAAAGCAAUUCAUUUGUCAGUGACUUCAGUUUUUUUUUUAAAAGGAAAUCACUCAAAUUUCUACAUGACUUUUGUCCUGAACUGUAGAAGGGUGAUCCUGUUUCUUCUAAAUCGACGGAAGCCCCAACUCAGCCUCGUGUACGUACAAUAGUCAUUCAAUUGCUGUAGAAAGCGUCCAGAGCUUCAAAUAUGUUGCCUGAAUCUUACUGCUCACACUACCAGCUUUUACAAUGGUUUAGACUAUCAUUGUACUGAGUUUUACUAAUAAAACCUCACUUGUUCAAAGGAG